AUGAUGUUUGCUAUAGAAGAAAUUAAUAACAGCUCCAAAAUUCUGCCUGGCAUUACUCUUGGUUAUAAGAUUUUUGAUGGCUGUGGGUCUGUACGCACAGCUGUUAGGGCUACGAUGUCACUGAUGAAUGGUCUAACACAAAAAAAUGUCCUUGGUAAAUCAUGCAGCACAUCUUCAAACAUUCAAGCAAUCAUUGGGCAUUCUGGAUCAUCCUCAUCAAUUGGCAUUGCAUCAACUGUUGGACCAUUUCAGAUUCCUAUAAGUCAUUUUGCAACCUGUGCCUGCCUAAGCAAUAAACGUGACUAUCCAACAUUUUUUCGAACAAUACCAAGUGAUUAUCAUCAAAGCCGAGCUUUAGUUCAGCUUGUAAAAUAUUUUGGGUGGAACUGGGUUGGAGCAAUUAAAACUGACAAUGAAUAUGGCAAUGGAGGAAUGGCCACCUUUGUUGAAGUAGCAAAGAAAGAAGGUAUCUGCAUUGAAUAUUUGGAGACCUUUACCAAAAAUAGUAAAAAAGAAGUUUUCCUCAAAAUUAUAAACUUACUACAAACAUCUACUUCCAAAGUAGUUGUGGCCUUUGUGACGCUUUCAGACAUGGAGUUCUUGACAAAUGAACUGUUGCUUAACAAUGUGACGGGUAUGCAGUGGAUAGGAAGUGAAUCAUGGGCUUCCACUAAAAGCCUAGCAACAGCUACAAAUUUCAGAGUUCUUGGUGGGACACUUGGUUUUGCAAUAAGCAAUGCUGUAGUAGCAGGUCUUAAAGAAUUUUCACUGAAAAUACGUCCAUCAGACUCUCCUGGCUGGGCUGAGUUCUGGGAAAAUAUCUUCGGCUGUAGCCUGACAUCUCAAGAUAAGACUGUAAAUGCAUGCACAGGCUUUGAAACUCUCAGAGAUGUUAACAAUGAAUUCACAGACUUCACAGAACUAAGAAUUACUAAUAAUGUGUAUAAAGCGGUAUAUGCCGUUGCUCAUUCGCUCCACAAUUUAUUGUCAUGUAAUGAUGAUAAAGGGCCUUUCGCUAAUAACUCCUGUGCAAAUAAGGCAAACUUUGAACCCUGGCAGGUACUGCACUAUGUGAAAAAGGUUAACUUCACUACGAAGACAGGAGAAAAUGUCUAUUUUGACAUUAAUGGAGAUCCAGUAGCAAGAUACGAACUGGUAAACUGGCAAUUAAUGAAGGAGGGUAAUGUAAAAUAUAUUACAGUUGGAUACUAUGAUGCAUCUAUAACAGAAGGGGCACAGUUUGUAUUGAAUAAUAACACUAUUAUUUGGGCUGCCAAUCAGACUAAGGUACCUACAUCGGUGUGCAGUGAGAGCUGCCCCAUUGGCACACAUAAAGCUAUUCAGAAAGGGAGACCAAUUUGUUGUUUUGAUUGCAUUCCAUGUGCAGAUGGAGAAAUCAGCAAUACAACAGAUUCUAUGGAGUGUUUGAGCUGUCCAGCAGAAUACAAAUCAAAUAAUGUAAAAGACAAAUGCAUCUUGAAAGAAAUUGAAUUCCUAUCAUUUGCUGAAAUUAUGGGCAUUGUUCUUGUAGCAUUUUCAUUUCUUGGAGCUGGUGUAACUGUUGCAAUAAUUGCUGUGUUCUUCAAUCACAAAGACACUCCAAUUGUCAGAGCUAAUAAUUCAGAGUUAAGUUUUCUUCUGCUGUUCUCUCUGACACUGUGCUUUCUUUGUUCACUCACCUUCAUCGGAGAGCCCUCUUCUUGGUCCUGCAUUUUGCGUCACACAGCUUUUGGGAUCACAUUUGUCUUGUGCAUUUCUUGUGUCCUGGGAAAAACUAUAGUGGUGUUAAUGGCUUUUAGGGCCACACUUCCUGGUAGCAACAUUAUGAAAUGGUUCGGACCAAUGCAGCAGCGGUUAAGUGUGUGCAGUUUCACACUCAUACAAGUUACAAUUUGCACUUUAUGGUUAUCUGUAUCUCCUCCUUUCCCAAUACGAAAUAUGAAAUACUACAAUGACAGAAUUAUUUUAGAAUGCGACUUAGGAUCUGUUAUUGCAUUUUACUCUGUAUUAGGAUAUAUUGGAUGUCUGUCUAUUUUAUGCUUUGUUUUGGCUUUUUUGGCUCGCAAGCUACCAGACAAUUUCAAUGAAGCGAAAUUCAUCACCUUCAGCAUGCUAAUAUUUUGUGCUGUUUGGAUCACCUUUAUCCCUGCUUAUAUCAGCUCACCUGGUAAAUAUACUGUAGCUGUAGAAAUAUUUGCUAUUUUAGCGUCCAGUUUUGGUCUGCUUUUUUGUAUAUUUAUUCCUAAAUGCUAUGUUAUUUUAUUUAAACCAGAAAAUAAUACAAAGAAGCACUUAAUGGGUAAAAUGCCAUCAAAAUCUCUCUGA